AUGUUAACUCUGCCUCGCUUGCUGUUGGUGUGCACCAUUCUCGGCCAGGUCUUGGCUCUGGAUGAGCGCGAGUACGAUCCACAGGUGGCACCACUUGCUAUGGAAACCACUGUGCUGAAACCCUUUCAGCUGUGGCGCAGCUUUGCCAGUCAAGUGCGUCUCGCCUUGAGCCGCUGGCAGCCCAAGCCCAAGCCCAAGCCGAUGGCAGAGCCAGAGCCCCUGACAAGACCCACAGUCAGGACCAGAACGCGGAGCUCCACAUCUCCUGAGCCUGAACUCCAGUUCUAUGGCGCACUCAAUCCCAUUUACCAGAUGGGCAACUUUUAACUUUAACAUUCUCUUAAACAAAUUUUAUUACAAAAUAAA